AUGCCCAUGCCACGUACUAGGUCCCCUCUGAUUACGCCGCCCUCCGAGCCUCCCCCUGUGCUCAAUCCACCCUGGGCAGACGAUGAGGACGACGACGACUAUCCGCCACGUAUUCACAAGCGAUGGUAUCACUAUCUACCCCUUGUCUUGGCUGUUAUACUCAUGCUGGCACCACAUCCGUCUCUGCUGAUUGUUCUCGUCAACUACCAUCUGCUAGUACUGCAUUCGCCGACUCAGUUCCUGAUCCACCUAACCAUCACUUACACUCUGACAUUCCUCUCAUUUUCAUCGCUGAUUGUCGUUGUUGCGCGUGAUCCCGGCCCUGUCACAAGAGACAAGGAGUCCGAAUUCGGGCUAGAUGCGCGCGGCUCAGAAGACAUAAAUUUCAUGCAGGCACUGCUCGCAACCGACGACGAAGAAGAGGUUGAUCGCUCCCCUGCACAUGUGGGCGGUGUGUGCUCAAAAUGGACCAUCAUUGUUUCUGGCUCGGAGACAAGUGCAUUAACUUACUCGGCUUUUCUGCACCUGUUGACUUGCGUCACCUUCCUCGCGGUUUAUGUCGCUGUCAUGUGCGUUCAGGCGGUCUACUUUGCAUUCACGAAUCCUCUUUCUAUAGACGAGAAUACCCCACUUCACGACAUAUACCUCGCCUUCUAUGGCAUCAUAAUGGCCCUCGUUUUUGGAUCAUUCUGGUUGUAUCAUCUAUAUCUGAUCACAUCGAAUCAAACAACGCUAGAGCAGCUUUCGCCUUUUCUGUUGCUCCGCCAUCUUCCACCUAUCCCGACACAGUCUGAAAGUAGUCGAAUGCUGUCCAAUCCGCCUCUCGAGCAUGAGCUGUCUUACCGUCAGCGGCGCCUUGUGCGAGAAGCGCACCAUCGCAUUCGUAUGUACGAUGUCGGAUGGAGGGGAAAUUGGGGACAGGUCAUGGGAUGGAACCGACCAUGGGGAUGGCUUCAGCGAUUAGCCACCGGGGGUGGAGGGAAAGGCGACGGUAGGACUUUCCCCCGUAAUCCGCGCGCGGAUGAUCUGUUGGCACGACUUGCCGUAGAGCUUGUCGACGUAGACAAAGACCAAUAG